AUGCCAAAAUUCAACAUCCUCAUCAUAGGCGGUGGCCUCGGCGGUCUAGCAACCACCGUCGCACUCGCCCAACAAGGCCAUAAAGUCACUGUCCUCGAGUCGACAGCUAAACUACAAACCAUCGGAGGUAGCAUCACCAUCCCUCCAAACUCAAUGCGCGUUUGGGAUUAUCUCGGCCUUUUGCCAAGGUUGCAUGCCGCUGCUGAGACAUCAAUGCCUUCACCGAGAGUCUUUAGAAGCUACAAAGGAGAGGAAAUAAGUGAAGGGGGGAUAACCAAGUCGGUGUACAAAUACGACUUGACCUCGCUUCAUCGAGCUCCGCUUCAAAAGCUGUUACUAGACGCAGCGACAGAGGCUGGAGCGGAUAUCCAAAUCAAUACCCGAAUCAUAGAAAUUGAUGAGAGUGGCCUCUCACCAGUAGCAGUCACCAAAGAUGGACGCCGCAUAGAAGCCGACCUCAUCAUCAGCGCCGACGGCGCCAAAUCUAUGCUUCGAAGCCUUCUACACCCCAAGACUCAACUGAGCACUUGUAUCAACUGCUACCGGGCUGUAAUCCCGGGCUCAAUGUUGCGCGCAGAUCCGGAGCUUUCUCAACUUCUAGAAACAGCUACCAUUUGGUGGGGACCCCACCGCAAUAUCGUUGGAGUCCCCAUUCAAAAUGGGCAGCUAUUCUCCCUUGAAUGUACGCAUCCCGGGGAUACAGGCACAGCAGGGGACUGGAACAAGAAAGGCGAUGUGGAGCUUAUGAAAGCGACGUAUUCGGAUUUUGAACCUUUGGUUCUGAAGCUUUUGGGGAUGGUGAAGGCGGAAGAUCUGUUGGUGUGGAAGUUGAAUCAGUUGCCGGAAUUGGACUCUUGGGUGUUUGGGGGUGGGAGGGUGUGUUUGAUUGGUGAUGCUGCGCAUGCUAUGAUGCCAUUUUCUGGCCAGGGCCACGCAAUGGCAAUCGAAGACAGCGCCGCUCUUUCCCUCUGCCUCGCCCGCUGCACUAGCACCUCAUCCAUCCCCCGUGCUCUCCACGCCUUCGAAGCAAUCCGCAAACCACGCACCACAGUCCUAGGCAAGUAUUCAGAACACAACGCUCGCAUCUGGCAACUUCCCGACGGACCAGAACAGCGCGAACGAGAUGAACGAUCCAGAAAGAGCCCCUUUUUUAUCGCCCCGGAUUGGGAUGGGAGGCACGUUGAUGAGGUGCCCGGAAUUCCGCCUGAUCCGUUGUUCUUCCCGUAUAUGUUGGCGCAUGACGUGGUUGCUUUUGUAAGUUUUCCGCGGUGA